AUGACGGCGGCUCAAGCUGCGGCUAGACUGUCGGCCCUCACCUUCCUUGGCGAAGAGCUCUGUCAUAAGCCCGAAUGGAUAGACAUCUCGAUCUCAUUCACGGGCGUAGCAUUGCAUUCAGGAAAUAGCCUCAGAGCUUGGCCGGCGAUCUUGCGGCCGUUUGUUCAUCACUUCCUUCCGGAACUCUGGUACAUCAAGGGUAUCACUAAAAAAGCCCGCGCUAUUAUUCUUCCCGAACUGGAGAGGAGGAGAGCCGCCCGUUCAACAUCCACGAAACCCCAAGAUUCGCUCUCCUGGCUAGACGACGUCCGUGGAGAUCGCAAUUUCGACAUUGUGAAGGGCCAGCUUUUCCUGACUUUUGGGGCUAUCCACACCACGUCCUCCGCCCUAACGGCACUGUUGUAUGAUCUCAUCAAUAACCCCAACUACUUCGGCCUUCUUAGAGAGGAAAUCGCUCAAGUCUUGCAAGAAGAUGGUGGCUGGAAGAAAACAAGCCUUCAUAAGAUGAAGCUUAUGGACAGUUGCAUGAAGGAAAGCCAGCGCUUGAACAUCCUGGGACAUCAUAUGAUGAACCGCCGCGUCGAGGCGCCAAUGACCCUAUCGGAUGGCACAUACCUGCCUAAAGGUGUUCUUCUCGGUGUCCCUGUCUCUCACAUGCGCGAUUCAGAGUUUCUAGGCGAGAACCCAGAUCAAUUUGAUGGCCACAGGUUCCUACGCAUGCGGCAACAGCCAGGCCAGGAAAACAAGUGGCAAUUCGUGACCACGAGCCCUCACUUCCUUAGCUUUGGGCACGGGAAGCAUGCUUGCCCUGGGCGGUUCUUCGCUAGUAACGAGAUCAAGAUUAUUCUCUGUCAUCUGAUUAUGAAAUACGACUGGUCCUACGAGAACGAGCCACCAAGGAGUGCUCAUGAGCACCGAUUCGUGCCUGACCCGCAGACAGUCAUUUUGUACAAAAAGAGAGUGCCGCAAGUUCAGCUAUAA